AGGUGGAUAUAUAAUGGAGCACUUGCUACGCUACAGAGGCAUCCGUGAGCUUUUACUACGAGUCACAAACACACGAGUGCAGAGGAGCUCAAAGAUAAUCUGUUGUGCUGAAAGGAACGAUUUUGAGGAGAAGAAGAAGCAAAAGAAGAAGAAGCGAAACGUGAAGAAAGACCAAAAAAACCUCAAGCAUCAGGAGAUCUGUUUCCAAGACCAUGUCUCUCGAAGUGAAGGAGAAGACCCAGGUGCGUCUGGUGUUCAUGGGAGCAGCCGGCGUAGGCAAGACGUCUCUGAUCCGUCGCUUCCUGAACGAAUCGUUCGAGACCAAGCACAAGCGCACGGUGGAGGAGCUGCAUAGAAAAGAGUACGAGUUCUCGGGCGUCAAGGUGAGCGUGGAGAUCCUGGACACGAGCGGCAGCUACUCGUUCCCAGCCAUGCGCAAGCUCUCCAUCCGUAACGGCGAUGCCUUUGCGCUCGUCUACUCCAUCGAUAAUGCAGAGUCUCUCGAGACGGUCAAGAAUCUGCGCGAUGAGAUCCUGGAGAUCAAGGAGGACAAGUUCACCCCCAUUGUGGUGGUCGGAAACAAGAGCGACCUUGAUGAGUGCAGACAAGUGCGCUCUGAAGACGUCCUGGCAACGGUGGAGGUGGACUGGAACAACAACUUCCUGGAGGCUUCGGCGAAGGAGAACGAGCAUGUCGUGGAGGUGUUCAGAGAACUUCUCCAGCAAACCAACCUUCCCAGGCGCCUGAGCCCAGCGCUGAGGCGACGCCGGGAGACAUAUCCUAAAGACGCAAACUUCAGACCUCCGAUGAAUAAAACCAACAGCUGCACAGUGUCCUAAACGCAAACAUCACACGUGUUCAGGACGUUUCUUCAGGAGGCAACAUCUCCAAGAUGUUCACCGAAUGACACCUCCAUACCUCUCUCUCUCUCUUCUCCAGAACUUUCAGAUCUUCUCUGGUUUGUUCUUUCAUGCAGGAGAGGAAAAUGAACAGUUACAGGAAAACCCUGAGCAGAUUCUUCACCACCCAGAAUUCCUCUCUGCCUCCUGACUGCAGGUGUGAGAGGAACUGAAGGAGAAGAAUAAAUGAAUAAAUGAACAUAAAGGUAAAGAACUCGUAAAAACACUUUGAAAUGUUUUGUGCUGCUCCAGAAAAGACUUUCGAUCAGUGUUCAGAAAAUAUUCUGCGUUUUUUGGGGUUUUUUGGAAAUUCAAUUCUCAGUAGUUGUACCAUAUAGUAAAGAUUCUUUAUUGUUGUUUGGUUCGAUGGUGUUCAUAUCUGUUUUCUCAGGUUCUUCAUGCUCAGGGCUUCCUGUGAUCACCUACCAGCUUAGAAUUACAAUGAAGCUGAAAGGCUUGUGGUCAUGUGAUUAAAACCGAUUUCAUUGUAAAGCUGAAACUCUCAUUUAAAAAAAAAAAAAAAUGUUAUACACUGGGUGCAGAAGUUUUGGCACCUCUAAGGUACCAAAUGAACAUAACAUAUUGUAUAUAAAUAACGUGUGUGUGUGUGUGUGUGUGUGUGUGUGUGUGUGUGU